ACAAGGGAGGAAGGAGGAGCGAGUGCGGGCCCCAGCACGGCCAUGGCGGAGCCGCUCUGGAGGACCCCUCCGGGCCGCCUGGCCCCGCCGCACGUUUACCGCAUGGCCGGGGCGCUGGGGGCCGAGCUCCGCCGCCUCUCGGCCCGCUUCGGGCCCGACGCCGUGGCCGGGCUGGUGCCGCCCGUGGUGCGGCUGCUGGAGCUGCUGGAGGCGCUGGUGGCCCCCGACGGGGACGCGGCGGGAGGGCGGCAGGAAGCGGAGGACCCCGAGCAGCGGCUGUGGGAGGCCGAGCGCCGGGAGCGGGCCCUGCGUGCGCGCCUGUCCCGCCUGGAGGAGCAGAACCAGCAGCUCCUGGGGCAGCUUGAGGAGAGCCAGUGCCAGGAAGAUAGCACAGCACGGAAGGAGCGGGAGGUGAUGCUGCGGCUCAAGGAGGUGGUGGACAAGCAGCGGGAUGAGCUCCGUGCCCAGGCCCAUGAGAUCGUCUGCAAGAGCCGAGACACGGAGGCGCUGCAGGAGCAGCUGCACCGCUUCAUGGCCAUGAACGAGGAGCUGCGGCACAAGGUGGCCGUGGUGCGGGCGCAGCUCAAGAGCGCGCUGGAGCAGAAGUCGGACCUGGAGGCUGCGGUGCUGCAGAGCCAGAGGGGAACGAGCAGGAGGAGCAGGAACACCUCCGAGAUCCAGCAGCCGGAGCCCAGCCUGGAGGAAGCUCCAUCACCCACAGAGGAGCCUCAGCACCAGGAUGCGGGCAGGAACCCUUCUCACUGCUGCUUCUCCAAGGAGGAGCUGCAGCAGAUCCUGCAGGAGCGGAACGAGCUCAAGACCAACCUGUUCUUGGUGCAGGAGGAGCUGGCUUAUUACCAGCGGGAGCUGCUGAACGAGGAGAGGGUUCCCAGCUUCUUCUUGGAUGCGAUGAAGUCAACCAUCAAAAGGCAGAGGAGGAAAAUCAGAGCCAAAAUGCUGGGAACGACGGAGGAGGCGGAGAGCAGUGAUGAAGAUGAGGGCUCCUGGCUCCCAGCCCGCGGUACGGACUCUGUGGAUGCUCAUCCUCAUCCUCCCGAAUCCAGAAUUAGGAGCUUCUUCAGGCUCUGGUAUCAGGACAGCAGCAAAGAUCCCCCCGCAUCCAGCAGCCCCGUAGCCUGGGAAGUCAUCGACUCCCUGGACACGCAGCUGGAACCGCAGCGUGAUCCCGCAGCCAGGCCCCCCGACAGAGCCUCGCCACCCCCCUGAUCCCAUG